GCUCCCCGCUGCAAUCUGAUGAUGUGAUAUAACAACCUCGUCGCACCAGCGCCAGCUGAUGCCUGUCCGGGAACACGUUCGUCCACCCCUUACCCCUAAAAUUUCGGUGCCGCUGCCUGGAUACCCUUCUUCACUCUCCUUCAGCUACGAAUGCAUAGCGCUCUACUUUCAGACGGUGCCUUCCCAAAGUCCAAUUGUAUUGGAUCGCAUGAAAGGUUUAUUCGGCAUGUCAAGGGGUGUCAGUUGUAGUUCCGGAUCCUGCUAGUCGAUCGGGUUCUUUGCUAUGAUGGAAGAUCAUGUGAACAUCCCGGAGGAGUCGAUGCGACACAUUGAAGCGCUCCUGGCGAGACAUCCCCCACAAACAAUACAGAGGAUGUUCUCGCAGACGCUUGAAUCCCGUCGCAACUCCAUAUCAUCCCUCGCAUCUACGAAUACUACAGCAACAAGCUCGACUUCAUCGUCCGGCUCGUCAUGGCGCUCCCGUUUGUCGAUAGCUUCGACGUUCUCAUCAUCUACUGGCCACAGUGAUGGUGCGUCUUCGGUUGCAUCAUCAGCUUCGUCACGCUUCAGGAUGAGAAGAGCAGAGCCUCGCUCAUACCCCGCUGGGCCAGAUCCAACGCGACCUGUGCCUGCUAUAUUGACGCCUGCAUCUGACAUUAGCAGUCCGCUCGAUAACCAAUACGAGCACACCGUCACGCCCACAGAUGACAUCAGCGUUGCCUCGCCCACCUUGUUCCCAGACGAAAAGGGUCAAGGGCAAUCUGGCGAUUCGUACAUGUUCUGUACCUACUGUGCCGAGCAGAAGUCUCUGAAGACCUUUAAGGCAAAGUCGGACUGGAAGAAGCACGAAGCAAGGAUGCACGAGACCGGUGAAGACUGGGCGUGUGUUGUGAAUGGGUGUAGCCGCAUCUUCGAUCGACAGAAAGACUUUAUCAAGCACCACCAGCGCUAUCACUCCGGCCGACCAUUGCCAUCAUUGACGGAUAUUGGUAUCACUCUUCUUCCUAGACGAGUAUUCGGCUGCGGAUUUGACAAGUGCAAGGAAGUGAGCAUUGGGUGGGACGAGCGGUGCGACCACGUUGCAAAACACAUGAAGAACGGCGCGACAUCCGAGCAGUGGAAGUACUCAAACCUGAUACGGAACCUGGUUCGGCAAGAAGCGCUACACGAGACGUGGAAGGAAAUAGUCGCUUGUCUGGACGAGCGCUUGAAGGAGAACCGCGCACAGAUCAGCUGGUGUCCGGAUAACACCAGAGUUCUGCGCCAGAAGCUACAGUGUUGCGACUUGAGGCCGAGUCGAGAGGAGGUGCUCAUAACAGCAUUGAGCUUGCGUUCUGACAUGGUAGUGGAUCCCAUUCACCAGCAAGUCCCACUCGGCUUCGUUACACCUAGUAGGGACUCGGUGCCAAAUGUCGAUAAAUUGACACGCGAGCAGCGCAUGCAGAUUCUGAUCGGUCACUCGAAUGUUCAGCUGUCCCGGACGAGAUUGGCAACACUAAACGCUGCUUUACUUGGCGUCACUACUCAUACGCCAAAUUAUCAUUGUGGAUCAUCGCCCUUUGGCGAAUCGAGCUCUCCCACAAUUGAUACGACUGAGCGUCGCAUCAGCUAUAUGGACAUAGAUCCGGGUGACUACUUGGGCGUUGCGCAGCCUGCUAUACCAGAUAUGCAUCUAAGCUUGAGCGCACCUCAGAUCGAUACUCCCGUCACUGGAAACGGACAGCAAAUGCAGCAACAACCGAACAACUACGUGGACCAAACAAAGGGGUCGCCAAAUCCACUUGGGUGGUACUAUCCCAACUACUUCGAUGCCGCACCUCAGUUUGAGGAGUCGCAAUACUACGACCGGCCAUCACUAGGACAGAUGAUUGCCAAACCUCUGCACAAGAUUGGCACCCGUCUGAACACUUCUAGGAACAGCUCACGGCCGACCUCUCACGUAGAGCAGAAUCCUGGCGACAUCACUGUUGACUUCGGCAUCCAGAAUCCCGUGGCGGCGCUAAGCAUGCGCAAUCUCCACGCAAACGCCCAGCCUCCACAACAGCAGCCAGUGCAGCAACAGCAAAUGCAGCAACAGCAAAUACAGCAACAGCAAAUACAGCAACAGCAAAUACAGCAACAGCAACAACAUCAACAACAACAACAUCAACAUCAACAUCAACAUCAACAUCAACAUCAACAUCAACAUCAACAUCAACAUCAAAAUCGACAUCAAAAUCAACAUCAAAAUCAACAUCAACAUUUCCAGCAACAACACGUACACCAGCAUCAGCAUCAGCAACAGCAAUCCCUUGCCCACCCACAACCCCAGCACUUCCGCAACCCCGCCCAAAUGCAGGAUCAGCUUCAAUUGUUCACGACUCACAACUAGCAAUGUUCACGACCAUGACAUAACUACUUCUGCAUUCAGCGAGCAUAUAGACGUUUCUUAUGUUGUCUUUCGCAUGCUGCUUUUAUUGAUACCCCGUGCCUUCGGCAUUUGAUAGAUGUACUAUGAUAUGUUUCGCAUUAGAGAAUAGAGCCGUGAGGCAGGUCUCAAUACACAAAACUACAAGGAGU